AUGGUGGCCAAGUACAUUGCCGGCCUGCGGGCUCUGGCCGCCCGCCGGGUCGUGACUCUCGUGGCCGCCGCCUUUGUCCUGGCCAGCGUCAUUGUCAUUCUUGUCCGGCUCGGGCCGCCCGCGAGGUUCAACGACCUGAAGCUGCCAGACGUCAAGCUGCCCGACAUCGACAUGUCCAAGCUGCCCAACAUCCCCGGAUUCUCGGGAUCGCACGAGCCGGAGCACUAUGACAAAUGCGACAGGAACAUUACCGAGCCCCUCAAGCAGUGGAAGGAAGCGCAGAAGAAAUAUGGCAAGUUGAUGGAUGACAAGUUCACAAUCGCGAUGCAGACUUAUAAGCGGCCCAAGGAGCUCGACGAGACGCUCCGCGUUAUCCUGUCCGAAAAGAUUGCCUCGCUGCACGAAAUCGUCAUCGUCUGGAACAACCUCGAGGAGAAGCCCCCCGGCAACUUCAAGUCCGAGACGGGCGUGCCCGUGCGCUACCGGGUGUCGGAGCGCAACAGCCUCAACAUGAAGCUGCUGCCGGAUCCGGACUUCAAGACCCAGGCCGUGUUGCUUUCGGACGACGACGUGUACUAUAAGCCGCAGGACCUCGAGUUUGCCUUUCAGACGUGGCGCAAGUUUGGUCAGCAUCGAUUGACGGGAGCUCUGCCGCGCUGUGCGACCCCAGACGCCGAGGGCAACUGGGGCUACGGCUUCUGCUCCAAGGACAGCAACCAGGACGUCUACUCCAUGAUCAUCACAAACCUGUGCUUCUCCCACAUGUCCUUCCUCGACUACUACUCGUCCAACAACACCGUCAUGCAAAAGGUUCGUGAUUAUGUCGACGACCACUUCAAUUGCGAGGACAUUGCCCUCAACUAUGUCGCGUCGUACCUCACCGGAACCGGACCCCUCCUGGUCAAGGGCCGCGACAAGUAUGUCAACUACGAGCCGGCUCAGGGCAUCAGCAAGAAGCCCGGCCACCUCGAGGCUCGCAGCAAGUGCUUGAACGACCUGACAAGGAUGUUUGGCUGCAUGCCGCUGGUCAAUGAGACGGCUCACAUUGAGCGUGGCGUUAUUGUCUUGUGA